GUUAGAAAAGUUGGGAGAAGGUACAUAUGCCACAGUUUACAAAGGCAAAGAACGAAGAUCAGGAGAGACGGUGGCUUUAAAAGAAAUUCAUUUGGAUUCAGAAGAAGGAGCACCUUCCACAGCUAUUAGAGAAAUAUCUUUAAUGAAAGAAUUAAAACAUCCAAAUAUUGUUAAGUUGAAAGAUGUAAUUCAUACAGAAAAUAAGCUUAUGCUUGUUUUCGAAUAUAUGGAUCAAGAUCUUAAAAAAUAUAUGGAUUCUCGUGGAAAUCAUGGAGCAUUAGAUUCGAUGACAAUUAAAUUAUUUAUGUAUCAAAUGUUAACAGGAAUAGAUUUUUGUCAUCAAAAUAGAGUACUUCAUCGAGAUCUUAAACCACAAAAUCUCUUAAUUAAUAAAAAUGGACAACUUAAACUUGCUGAUUUUGGUUUGGCACGCGCUUUUGGAAUUCCCGUAACAACUUUUUCAAAUGAAGUUGUUACUUUAUGGUAUCGUUCUCCUGAUGUGCUUUUGGGUUCUAGAUCAUAUUCAACAUCAAUUGAUAUAUGGUCAGCAGGUUGUAUUAUGGCUGAAAUGUAUACUGGACGUCCCCUCUUUCCAGGUACUACCAAUGAAGACCAAUUACUCAAAGUUUUUCGUAUCAUGGGAACUCCAAAUGAACAAACGUGGCAAGGAGUGUCACAAUAUCCAGAAUAUCACAAACCAUACCCACAAUUUCCUCAACAAGAUAUGGGAGUAUAUCUUCCAAUGAUCGACCGUCAUGGAUUAGAUUUACUCAUGCAAAUGUUAGUUUUUGAUCCUGACAAAAGAAUUACAGCAAAAAAUGCCUUAAAACAUAUAUAUUUUCAAGAUUUAUUAGUUGAUAAUUUUGAAAGUUCAACAGCUAUUAAUAAUUAUAAUAACGGAAUUCCGCAAAUGGCGCCACCUCAAUCUACUAUGAGAAUGUCCGUACCUCAAAUGACGAUGCAAAUGGGCCCAAUACCGACUGGUGUUAAUAUGCAAACACUUAAUGUUCAACCUGUCAAUAUGCAUAUGGUGCCUUCUGGUGUAAAUAUGCAAAUGGGUGGAAUGCCGUCAACCGUUCAACCUAUGAUUGCGGUACCUCAAUUAAUGCAAGGUGGUGCUCAAAUGAUGGGUCAUCCUUCUAACGCACCUACACAAGCACAAAUGAUGCCACGUGGACCAAGAAAUCAUAUGCAUGAUAAUUAUGGAAUUGAAUAA